GUUUUCUUUAGCGUGAUUUUCCUUCUCAGUGGGUGUGUAAUAAUAGCUUCAUGCCACAAAAAGACGAGAGAACGAAACUCAAGAGAAAUUGUCGUCUCUUAUGUACCUGAUGAAGACUUGGAAAAAUCACCUGCUCCCAUACUUCCUUAUUUUCCGCCGUUUGGCGAUGCUUCAUCGUCACAAUUGCCUGAUUACUUCACUGCAGUUCAAAACAUACCUGAAGUUUCAUGGCAACCGAAUGAGGAAUUGUGGACGGAAGAUAUUGAUGGCUCUGAUGAUGAAAAUGAAAAGCCUCCAUGUUAUGAACAAGCUCUUACUAUGUAA